AUGGUUCUGAAUUUGUUCUCCGGCGCGGCGCUCAACGGGCACGGCAACACGCACCGUCGCGAGCGAGCGGCCUCCUCGCGCAGCAGCACGGGCACGGGGCGCCGGCUUCAGCAGCAACGUCGUCAGGCAAGUAGCAGUGCGACAGGCGAUGCAUCCGUGCAAGCGGAGGGUGCCGGGCAGUCCGGAUCUGGAGUCCACAGCGACAUAGCCGACGAUCGUGUGCUCUUCGACAACUGCGUGGCGCAGGUGCAACGCCACCUCAAGACACACGCUGACUCACCCAGCACACUCCAUACCCUGGCUUCCUACUACACCAAAACAGAGCCAUUCAUCGAGGGCCGGCCCUUUUGCGUGGCCCUGAGCUACGCCACGUUCUUGUUUCACAUGCAAAUGGCCCGGAUCAGCGUUGCGGAUGUGGAGCUCUACGUGCAGCUUCUCACAAGCAUCUUGGCGCAGCUAACCGAGGAUGAUCAGCUGCACCACCCGUUUGUGCAGCAGGUACUUCGCGAUCAUGUAUUUGGUCUGCCGUCGCCGACCUGCCGCGGUGCAGCCCACAGCGUGGUACUUUUGUCGCCGCAGCAGUACCGCGCCUUUGCGACCAUGACCACUGCGCUCAUCUCCCUCGCUGUGGUGCCCCUCAGCAUUCUGUACCAGUUCCAGGACCGACUCGAGACAUACUGUGAGUGUGCCUCGCCGCUGGUGGCCAACCGCGCACUGGCGCUCCUCGUUCAGACAGUGGGCGAGGUGCGCAUGGACGAGCAGGUCACUGCACUCCAGUAUGUCCUCAAGACGAAGCCGGUGAAGAUGAAUGUAGACUUUCUCCUUGCCUGCUACGAGCGGCUGAAGCGUGCGGUGAUGGACCCGGCUCACGGACCGACAUUCGGCCGUGCCCUCUCCAUCCACUGCAGCGAGCUCUUCUUGCGCUUCCGCUCCCCAGUGCGGCGCGACUACGUGGAGCGCUUCCUGUACCCAAGUUUGUGCCACAGCGACAUGGCCGGCUUCUUGGAGAUACCUGCGACUCGCAAACACCUGUUGCACGAGCUGCUGUCGCAGUGUACGCCUGGCAUGGGGACCAUGAAUCCCUUCUACAUGUGCCUCUGCGCUGUCCUGCAGAGCUGCUUCGACAACGAGACGGACGGUGCGCUGGAGACGGUGGCACUCAUUAACUGCCACAUGCCUCACGCCGCGUAUUUCAUGUCCACCCUGGCUAUUGACUCGCACAUGUCUGUGCCGAUGUUUGCAAAGGUGAUGAUAUCGCUCGCACGCGGCGCCGGGAUGGCCAUGACGGGGCGUGAGACGCCUGACGAGGUGGCCGCCUCGAUCAACGAGAACCGCACAAGCGUGUACAAUGUGCUCUUCCUGCUCCGCGAGGUGGUUCGCAGCUGCUCCAUCACCGCCUCUCGCCGAGCCAUCGACAUGCUCAAGGCUCUGCGAGUCGCUGUUGCCCCGAAGACGAUUGAGGCGCUCGGCAAGCUGUCCAGCGAGGCGUUCGAGGCCUUCAGCGACAUUACACUCGAUCCGCAGCUGCUGUGCGCGGAGCUGGCGAUGGUGCUGCAUCAGGACCACAUCGCCGAGGCCAUGGAUUCGGCAGUAGAAUACUUCCGAGACGCCACAUCGAAGUGUCCGCACUGCGCGGCGGCGCGCAGCUCUUCACUGCUGUGCCCCGUGAACGGCACGGUGCACGUCGCCGGCCAGUCGUCGGCCAGUCGCGUGCUAUCAACUCUGUCGGAGUGCGCUGGCGCGAAGGCGGUGGAAGAGAGGCUCAUCAGCUAUCUGCGUGAUCCCACCCUGCAGAUGGAGAGCUCCGUGCACUUCCUCAUCUACCACAUCAUUGCGAAUGGCGGGCAGCACCGUAAUACGCUCUUCGUGGCUGUGGAGCCGUACGUGCGCAGCACAUUACUGGCCCUGGUGAGCGCGGACCGCAGCGGGACCCGCGGGCUUGUGAGCAGCACGCUGAAGGCAAAUGUGCUCAUGCUGCACGUGAAGCUUGUCACGCUCCUCUCCUCCUCCAUCGACCCAUCGUACCUGGAGAGCAUCUUGAAGGUUUUCUCAGAGCUGAGGGUGCGCAACAACCACGACGCACUCGCUCUGUGGUACAUGGGGAAUGUCCUCCUGCGGCAGCUGCGCAGCAACCUAGAGCUGCUGCCCACUGACCCCCAGGAGAACAACUACUGCGUUGCCUUCCCUGGCUGCGCGCCGGCAAGUGCGACGACCGCCAACAACGCGCAGCUCGUACUGAAGCUGCUGCACCGCGCUCACAGCUUCAGCCCUGAGAUGCACAAGCUGGUUGGUUGCUGCGUGUGCAAGCUCAUCCAAGAGUUCAACAUGCAGGCGCCGAACAUCUGUAGCACGUUGCUCUCGCCUUUUGGUUUCUUGCCAGUGGGGCUCGAGUCACUCAACACGUUCGCUCUUCCCGUAGGCGCUGGCAGCACCUUCUGGAGCUUUUUUUUGCAGCAGAUGCGCAGUUCUGCGCCGGCACGGACAGCGUUCAUGGCAACGCUGGCCAAAAGCCUCUCGCGACGCUUCCGCAUUGCGUCGCCAAUCGAGGCGCUUGCCCCGUAUGGGGUGGAGCCGACUGGGCACCUGUUCGUUAUUAUGGUCUACGAAGCGAUGAAGCGCAACCCACCACUGGCGCGCGUACUACUCUACAUGGUGUCGCACUGGACGAAACAGGCAGGUCACCCACCCGGCAAGUUCGCGUGCCUGGUGUACGCUUGUGUGCAGCUCAUUACAGUUGUGGUCGACCGUGCCGAGGGUGCGGCUGCCGCAGAAGUGGAGGCAGAGACGCCGCAAGAUCGGCAGCAGUUCGACGACGCCGUGAAGAAGGCGGUGCGGGUGCUAAAGAGUCAGCAAGCGCGCCUUGACAGGCUGGAGCCGACCGCGCGGCGCGAAAAUGUAGAGUUCUUCCACCUACUGCGCCGUUUGCAGCGCCGCGUGCGCCGGACUGUGGCUGCCGCCUCCGGCGAGAUUGUUGUCGGCGACGAAGCCGCAGAGGAGUACAACGACUACGAUGGUGCUGUCGACGGCAGCUUGGAUGCCAGGCGUGCGCGGCAGGACGGCACCACAGACGCGGUGUACGCAAUGCAAGAGCUGCAGAAUGCGGCUGACAACAGCGUGUUUGAUGACUACGCCGAUGAUGGCAACCACGAGGAUGACGGCGCUUACGGAAACGAUGAGGGCGCCAGCGAGGCUGCUUCUCCGAACCUUGGGCGUCCUGCGCAGGCGGACAGCAACGUCGGCCGGGGGGAGCGCACAGCUGCCCCAAUGCGGAUGCGCCAUUUGCCGCAGGACAUCACCAGUAUCCUCCGCUCGCACGCAGAGAGCAGUGCCAAUCAGAGCGGCAGGGACGCCGCCGGCAUAGAGAAGAGGCCAACAGCCUCUGUGAAGACGUUUUGUGAAGCGAACAAUCAAACGGACGCCGGGGUUGCCCCGCAUGAUGGGAAUGACAGCGAUGCAGAGAUGCUCAAUCGCAAUGGCGAAGCCGGCCACAGCAGUGCGGUGGCACGCGAGCCUCGUACUCGAUCGACAUCUCGUGGCGUGCAGACGGAUGUGUCCCUAACAAGCCCCGCGCCGCCUGGGCACGCUUCACAGCGGAGUGUGGGCACGUCACCGUUACAGCCGGCGGGUACCUUGUCGCACGUCUCGGUGACGCGACGCGACGCCCCGCAACAGCCCUGUCGCGCACCUGCCGAGGUCGGCUCCGCCCCCGCCGCGGCCCCUGCCCACACUCCCUCCUCCUCCCUCUAUCAGCCACAGCGCUCCCACACACGGCCGCCUGAGGCGGAUGGUAUGCUCAACGAGUGCAGUCAGACGCCAGCGCAGCGAGGAUCAACCUGGCGGGAGCCGGACCUGGCCGACUACGUCGACGGUGACACUACCCCAAUCGAUGACUACACCGGCGUGCCGCAGCUGCAGGCGACUGCCACGAAUGACGGUAUUGUGCUGCCCUCUGGUAUGGUGCUCGAGUACCUACGCACCCACCAAGGGAUGGACUCGCUUCGGCACGAGCUGAGUCAGUUCGACCAGCAGUGGAUGAUGCAGCAGGUCGCUGAGUACGUGUCGAAUAACGGUGGCGUAGUCGGCGCUGCUGGUCCGUCGUCGGCUCUUAGGGGCGGUGUGCCGUCUCUGCAGCUCGUCACAGUGGAGAGUCGCGCCAACAACUACAGCCGCCCGCAUGCUGAUCCAGCUGAACUUGGACCGAGCCAUACGGUGCGCACAGAGGUGCGUAUGGUCGGGCCCGCUACGUCCUACUCACGACCACCCACUCAACAGGGUCACGCGCGUGUCGUGGCAGCAGCGCCGGGCCUGCGGGAGGAGGAAGAAGUAGACGUGGUGGACGGUGAGCACCCUAUUCGCGCCGUCAGCGGCCCUCCAGGUGACGGCAACCGCGCCGGCUGUGCGGGCAGCGAUGAGGCGAACAAGCGUCGACGUGUUGAGGCUGGCGAGGGCAACCCGACAACGCCGCUGCCACCGCCAGUGUCUCCCACAGGCGCUUUCCGAGGUCGCAACUUUUUCUUGAACCAAUGUACGCAGCAGGAGGUGAGCUCGACGCUGCAGGACAUACACUACCUGCAAAGGCAGCAGCAGGCGAGCAUGUCGGCGCUGACCGAGGCCCAACGUGCGGGUGAGACCGUGGAGGCAGCAGACGACGACGAGGUACCGCGCAAGACACUGCACCAGGGUCAGUCCUCUACUGGCGUGGCGAGUGAGGGUGUGCCGCCUGCAACGCCUUACGGACAGGUUAUUCUUCCAACUUGGAUCGUGGAGCAGCGCAAUGACACCGCUAUCCGUGAGUUGCGGCAGGUGAUGGGGGCUCACAACCCCAAUGACGUUCGACUAUCGGCAAGCGCGGGCAAGCGCAGCCGUAUUCACGGCAGUGGCACAGGCGAUGGUAGCGGCAACAGCGCUGCGUGGUGGGCUGAGAUGAGCUCCGCGCCGAUGCCCAACUACGCUGCUGACCCCCAGUACUCCAUGGAGCUCUUUUAG